AUGCUGACCACCCUGUGGCUGCUGCUCAGCUAUGCUGUCCCGGUGCUGAGGUCACACUUUUCCAUCAGCUGUCCUAACCGGCAUUGCCAACUGGCCCUACUCUCAAACAAUGAUAUCUUCCUGCACUGCAAUGCCUCUGGGGCACAGUGGCAAUUCUUCCUGCCAGUCAAGACCACCUGGACCAACAACCCCUUCACUAACUCCAACAUGGAAACAAUGCCCGAUGGCAGCCUUCUCAUUAGAAAUCCAUUGCAUUUGCAGACAGGCUUCUACAACUGCCAGGACAAGGAUGGCAAGAAAGUGGUACAGUACGAAAUUGACUUCCAGGAUAUUGAAACCAUACAUAUCACACACAAAGACCUGGGCCAAGAGCCCCUGCAGAAUGAGACCCUGAGUCUGGGUGGCAAGGAGCUCAUCUUCACCCACUGGGAGCCCUGGCAGGACUGUAACCGCUGUGGGGAGCCAGGUGAGCGCAAACGCCUGGGGUACUGCUACAUCCAGGAGCCCCUGGAAACGCCCAUGCCCUGCUGGCUCUAUCUGGGAGAUGUGACUCUGUGGUCCAGCCGCAUGCGGCCUGAGAUGCAGGUGGAAGCCUGCCACGUCCAGUGCACGUCAUCAAAUGUGGAAUACGUCACUUUUGACAACUUCAAGCUCAGUGAGAAGUUGGGAUCUGCAUGGCUCACCUGCCCCUUAGGAUCCAUCUACAGGCCCAUCAUCUGGGAAGCCGACAACAUCCCCCUUACCUGGAAGGACCAGCUCUCGGGCCAGGCUGUCAGCGCCGUCCUGGACGCCUCCAACGGCGGCAGCCGGCUGCAGGCCUUCCAGCCAGCCACUUAUAAGUGCUUCGUGAAGCAGGAGCUCUCGGCUCAAUUCAACCCCAUGUCCGAUCUGGAUAUACUGGCGUCUCUGAGCACAGAAGACUUUGGACAACAGCCGGAGGUAGAGGAGGCCCAGAAAGGAAAGGCUGACUCCGUCCUCAAGAGGCUGAGGCUGAUGCUGCUAGUGGGCACAGUUCUGGGCCUGCUUGGGGUGCUGUUCAAACUCUUCCACCCUUCCCAGGGCAGGAAGAGAAACCAGGUGUUGCUGGUGAAAUAAAGCGAGCCCUCGGGGCCCAGGAGACCUGGCCCCCUG